AAUUGUUAAAGCGUGACCUAGCAAUUAGUUCCACUAAACCAAAUCUGUUGGUACUUAACAUCUUAAUUAAUUCAUGUGAAAUAAACCAAUAGCUGAAAUGGACGGAGACAUUACUAUUAUGCAAUCGAAUUGAGUCUCUGUUACUGAAAACGUAGUAACAUUCCGUGAUGAUAUCGAAGCUUCUCUUUUUAUUCUUCUUCAGAUUUUGUAAUUGAAGAACACUCUUCUCUCGUUCUACCUUCAAACCCAUUCCAGAACCUUCUCUCUCUAAUCACUCACCGCCAACAUUUUCGCCGUCUACGACGAGAAAAAAUUCAGAUCUAGAAAUUGCUGGAAGAAGUGAUAACACAACACUGAUGAAUAGCAAGGGAUCACUUCAGUCUUCAAGUUCUGAGUUGGAUUUGGAUCGACCCAACAUUGAGGAUUACCUUCCUUCGGGAGUUGCCAUCCAACAAGAACCUCGCGGCAAGCUUCGCCUGCAUGACUUGCUUGAUAUCUCUCCUACUUUGUCUGAGGCAGCCGGUGCUAUUGUAGAUGACUCAUUCACAAGAUGCUUCAAGUCAAAUCCUCCAGAACCAUGGAAUUGGAAUAUUUAUUUGUUUCCUUUGUGGUGUUUUGGAGUUUUUAUUCGAUAUUUGAUAAUAUUCCCCACAAGGGUUCUCGUGUUAACAAUAGGAUGGAUAAUAUUUCUUUCCUCGUUUAUUCCAGUGCACCUUCUGUUGAAAGGACAUGACAAGUUGAGGAGGAGUAUUGAGAGGUCUUUGGUAGAGAUGAUGUGCAGUUUCUUUGUUGCAUCCUGGACUGGGGUUGUCAAGUAUCAUGGACCGAGGCCCAGCAGGCGACCAAAACAGGUUUUUGUGGCCAAUCACACUUCCAUGAUAGAUUUCAUCAUCUUAGAACAGAUGACUGCUUUUGCUGUUAUUAUGCAGAAGCAUCCUGGAUGGGUUGGACUGUUGCAAAGUACCAUUUUGGAGAGUGUAGGAUGUAUCUGGUUCAAUCGAUCAGAGGCGAAGGAUCGAGAGAUUGUGGCAAGAAAAUUGAGGGAGCAUGUCCUGGGAGCUGACAACAAUCCUCUUCUCAUAUUUCCCGAGGGAACUUGUGUAAACAAUCACUAUACCGUCAUGUUCAAGAAGGGUGCAUUUGAACUUGGCUGUACAGUUUGCCCGGUCGCAAUCAAGUACAACAAAAUAUUUGUCGAUGCUUUUUGGAACAGUCGAAAGCAAUCGUUCACUACACAUCUAUUGCAGCUAAUGACAUCUUGGGCUGUUGUUUGUGAUGUUUGGUACCUGGAGCCGCAAAAUCUGAAGCCAGGAGAGACAGCCAUCGAGUUUGCGGAAAGGGUGAGAGACAUAAUCUCACAUCGUGCUGGCCUUAAAAAGGUUCCAUGGGAUGGGUAUCUGAAGUAUUCUCGUCCUAGCCCAAAGCAUAGAGAAAGAAAGCAACAGAACUUUGCUGAGUCGGUGCUGCGGCGCUUGGAAGAAAAGUGACGUGCCUUUUGUAUAUUUUUCUUCUCUAUGUCAUUCUCCAACCUUUUUCUCUUUCUUUUCUUUUUAAUUUAAUGUCACUAUUUAUAUUUUAGGUCCAUUUAGUUAUGUUUACAUCCAAAAAAAAGUUGGCCAAUAAAUUUAUGCAAGGAUGAUCAUUUUCUUGGACAAAUAAACGAGAGGAACUAGAUUUCAUGGAUGAAUAAUUUUGGUAUUUUUGAUGUAUUCUGGAUCCCAGCCUUCAUUCAAACGGAUUGACAGUAUUCCCCUUUCGUAGUUA